ACGCAGGGUCAGGGAGCUUACCAGUACGGAUACGACUGGACGUUCCCGGAAGGCGAGGGCGCCUUCCAGCGCGAGUCCGGAGACGCCGAAGGACGCAAGCAGGGUUCCUACGGCCUCAAGGAUACCGACGGGCGUGUGCGCAUCGUCAGCUACAUCGCCGACGAGGGCGGAUUCCGCGUCAGCGUGUCCACGAACGAACCCGGAACGCAGCCGUCUUCUCCGGCGGACGCUCUCUUCCAAGUGCCCCAGGGUCCGUACCAGGCGACGGCGUACGAAGCACCCAAGACCGAGAAGACGUACAAGCCGGUCCAGUCUCAAAUCCAGACGUCCCAAACUGUAGCAGCAGUUCCUGUCGCCGUCACUGCGCCGAAAGUGGUUCCUGUCGCUGUCGCUGCGCCGAAGGUGGCGGUCGCGGUUCCUACAAGGCACGUGAUCCCUGCGACCUACCAUUAUUACCCACAUGCCCACGGGCCUGUGAUCUAUUCGCAGCCGACCGGAGUCAUUCCAGUGCACGGCCGGGUUGUGUAUAGAUUGUAGUGCCGCUUAACUGAAUGCGCAACUGCAGUCUCAAGAUUGUGCGAGAUAAGGGCAACGCCCAUCAACAACCGAAAUGCAGAAAACGAAAAAGAAAUAGCGGCUGUUAUGCCUC